CAUUCUGCAAUGGUUAGACCGGUGCCAAACCUAAUUGAUAAAGAGUUUGAGAGCUUUGCGAAUGAAGUCAGUUGUUUUAAUGUCAUCUCAUUUCCUUAUGCGGAGCGCUGCGAAUUCGUAAACAACACCCCAAAAUGUACCGAUCAGAUGCAUCUACUAACCUAUAUGUACCUGAUGACCUGCAAAAUUGGUGUGAGGAAUAAGUUUGAGGAAUGCGUUUUUGUCACUCUUUGCAUAGCAUUUUGCUUUGAAUUGCUUUUGAUGUUGGCUUAUACGGCAGAUAUAUAUUUUAGUCCGGCACUGAGAGCGGUCUCCAGAUAUUUGCAUAUGAACGAGCACUUGGCUGGGGUAACAAUCCUGGCGUUCGGAAACACUUCCCCAGAUGUGCUCGUCAAUUUGGCGGAAGUGAAGGCGAGUAAGGCGGUAUUCGCUAACAGCAUGGCUAGUUCCAUAUUUGUCACGAUGUUUACCGGCGGAUUGGUGUGCUAUUUGAGUCCAUUCCGCAUGAACGCCCAUGCAACAGUGCGAGAUAUUUUGUUUAUUAUGCUUGGCGUGGUGUUAAUUGAGUACGUUUUGAAACAAGAUUACAAGGUCGAUAUAUUUGAAUGCAUGGUGUUGGUAAUGCUAUAUAUAUCCUACUUGCUUGUAAAUAUGCUUGAUUUGUACAUGAUGAGGCGCACCAUUAAAGCCAUAGAAAAGAAAAUUGAGGACCUACGGAAUCAACCAUUUUCGUUUCCACGUAGAAGAAAACGGAGAAUGUAUGAAAGACAACUGAAUGAGAUGUUAAAUGACUUCGAAAUCGAUGUUAAAACAAAGGGAAAACGGAGAGGCGAAAGAGUCUCUGGUCGGAGAAGCAUCGACCCCACGACUACCCGAAAUAUUAAGUAUGAUGCGGCCAACUCGAAAAAUGUAAAUCUCUUUCGUGAAGCUUGGCAGGCGGUAAAGCCCAUCAAUAUGGAUGAGUGGCGUAGAUAUGGUAUAUUCUGGCGAUCAUAUCUCCUUGUGAAGGCUCCUGUAGUUGGUGUGUGUGCCCUUUUUCUUCCACUCGUGAACCAUGAAGUCGACAAGCAUGGCUGGUGUAAGCUUCUAAAUUGCAUACAACUUUUCACCACUCCGAGCCUGAUUUUCUUGAUGGGCAUGGGGUACUAUGAUCGAUCAAGAAAUAUCUGGUAUUUGGAAAUAGACAUGACAUACGUACCUUAUAUCCUGCCACUGCUACCAUUGUCAUUAAUAAUAUUUUUGCAUUCACGCACGGAUAUUCCGCCCUAUUAUCACUUUAUUUUCACUUAUUUAAAUGUGGCUGGAUCAAUGUUUAUUAUAUAUGUCUGUGCUACAGAAAUCGAUAAAAUUUUUGAUUUGAUCGGCACAGUGCUGGAUAUAUCUGAGGACUUUAUGGGUGUCACUUUAUCCUGUGCAUGUGGAGCACUUGGUGAUCUGGUAACGAAUGCUGCUCUAGCUCUGCAAGGCUAUGAGAAAAUGGCAUUCGCUGCGACCUUGGGUGGCCCUUUUUUCAAUCUGCUUAUUGGUACUGGCUCGACCUUCCUCGGUCGUAUUUAUUUUGGUCUGGAGGUUGAGUGGGAAGAACAGAUUGGCGAAUAUGGAAACAAUUGCAUAAUAUUUCUAUUAUUGGGUUUAUCCACCACAUUGCUGUGGUCAUCGGUACUGGACUUUAGGGCUCGGCGCUCAAUGGGCAUAUUUAAUAUAUUGGUCUACGCGCUGUUCGUGCUGUUUAAUGUUUUGGCAGAGAAUAGCAUUGUGCACAGCUAUGCGAAUGAUAUUUAUCUCGAAGUGAUAUGAUUUUAAGAAAUACUUUAAAUUGCGCAAGUGUAUUAGCAAUAACCAUCGACUUCUAUCGGAAUGACAUUAAGGUAUACGAUCGAAUGUGCCAUAUUUAUUAUAAUGGUGUUAAUAAAUAUUUCGCUUUUCUCUUC